AUGGCUGCAACUUUCAAGAAGACUUUGGGGACGUUCAAGGAUUAUAAAAGAAGAAAAGAGGACGUGAACGCGAAAUUGGCGCUUGGAUACUUGUUGAAGACGUUGAGCUCGGUGGCGUUCCGGAUAUUCAAGCGAAAUUCAAUUCGACUGACUCGACUGACCAGCCACAUGGAUUUGAUCUCAUCUGGAAGACGUCGCGAGUCG